AUGUCUGUCUUCCGCGGCUUACUUCUGCUAGCUAGUCUGGCAUUCUUUGCAUCUCCCGUGAUAGCGCAAGACGGGGUCGCGGGAAACGAUUUCACGUCUCCCGGACCUCAGAUUCAGCAGAGUAACUUGGGACUCGCGAUCAAUUUUCAAUAUGGACAAAACCAAACAUUCAGAUGGGUAACCAACGUGCCGUCGGUAAUGCUAUCGCUCUGGCAGCAGCAGGCCGGCGCGGCUUCCAUCGGUAGCGACGGAAACAACCCUGAAGACGACCUGUCCUUAAAUAACACACAGGGCUACUACAAUUGGAACGGGAUCCCCACGCAGAACCUGAAGGAUGGCAUAACGUUCUUCUUACAGAUAUAUGACUCCAGAAAUAUCUACGGCGGACCACUCGCGACAUCCCAGUACUUCAACAUCUCCAGUCCUCCUGUCAGCUCAAGCUCCGCCAUGAGCUCGACAAUGACUUCAGCAUUGUCUCCGUCCACUAUACCGACCUCAACAACGGCUGGCAUAUCUUCAGGCUCGCCGCCAACAGUAACAGUGACCGCUGCGACGGCUUCACCUAGCCCGACGCCUGCACGUAACGACUCCAUGGCUCUGGGCGUUGGAAUUGGUGUCGGUCUCGGAGGUGCUUUGCUUCUCGCCUUACUCGUGGCUGGACUGGUGGUAAGGAAGCGACAGCAGAUGCGGAACCGUGCUGUUUAUUCUGCGAAGCCUGACAUGCCGUACCAGUAA